AUGUCUACACAAACUGAUGUUGUGAUUGACUUAAGGAAUAGAGUAAAAGUUCCCAUCAUUUCUCCAGCAACAAGUCCUUUACUUUCAGUCCAGGAAAAUCCUUUUUUCAUCAGAGGAGCACUUCCUUCUUCCAGCCAGACUAAAGCCAUUGCAGAAAUUGUUAAAACCUACGAGUGGAGGGAGGUUGUAGUAAUCUAUGAGGAUAGCCCUAUUGGAACCGGGAUACUUCCUCAUCUGACUGAUGCCUUACUGGAAAUCAACACUUUAGUCUCCUAUAGAAGUGUUAUUUCUCCAUCAGCCAAUGAUGAUCAAAUCCUCAAGGAGUUGUACAAUUUGAAUAUAAUGCAGACCAGGGUGUUUGUCGUGCACUUGCUACCACAUCUUGCCUCCCGCCUUUUCCUCAAGGCUAAAGAAGCCGGGAUGAUGAGCGGUGGAUAUGCAUGGAUCAUCACAGAGGUGCUACCGAGUCUGCUGGACUCGGUAGAUCAUUCAGUGAUUGAGUCAUCAAUGCAAGGAGUUCUUGGUAUAAAACCUUAUAUUCCAAGAUCAAAUGAGCCUAGCAAUUUCACAAAGAGAUGGAGAAAAAGAUUCCGUCAAGAAUAUCCUGACAUGGACCCAGUUGAACUCAAUGUAUUCGGGCUAUGGGCGUAUGAUAGCAUCACUGCAUUAGCAAAAGCAGUAGCGCAAGCGCGCACUACAGCUAACCCAAAAUUCAAGAAAGCAGACACUAGAGAGAACUUAACGGAGUUAGAUGCAAUUGGAACCUCUGCAUUGGGAUCUCUGCUCCUUGACUCUAUGCAAAACACAACGCUAAAAAGAGGACUAAGUGGUGAAUUCCGUAUCAUUGAUGGAGAGUUGCAACCAUCCCCAUAUGAGAUUGUCAAUAUAAUUGGGAAAGGAGAGAGAAUCAUUGGAUUCUGUAAAGAGAAGGAUGGAAUUUCAUGUAAGAAGAUGAGUGGUAAAACAGCAGUAAAGUGUAAUAAUAAGCAACUAGCAAGCACUUUUUGGCCGGGUGAAUCUACUAUUGCUCCAAGAGGCUGGGAAAUACCCACAAGUGGGAAGAAGUUAAGGGUUGGAGUUCCUGUCAAAGGAAGGCUGGGGCAAUUCAUUAAAGUGGAAAUAGAUUCAAAAACACAAGCAGUAACUGCAACUGGUUUCAUUCCAGAUAUCUUCAAAGAAGUCCUUCAAUCUUUGCCAUAUGCCGUCCCUUUCGAAUUUAUUCCAUUUUCAAUAACACAUGGAAAGAUUUCUCAAGACUAUGAUGAUCUUGUUGAAAAGAUCUCUUCUAAGGUGAUAUCCAAUCCUUUUUUUAAUUAA